UCCGCCCUUUAACAUGAAGUUCAUGCGCACGUAGCUCUAAUUUUCUGGGCUCCAGCGCAUCCCCGAGAGCCGGCAGCUGGCCUCCCCUAGACGCGUGAAGUCCGAAGAGCCCAGACUGUGACGCACCGAGUUGUCCUCAGAUUCCGUCCCUCCUCCGCCGGGAGCAGCUCGGAGUCGCAGGGCAGCGGCGGGCAGAGAGCGCGCCCCGGUGCCGCGUGCGCUCAGGUGCAGAAGCGCCCCGAGCCUCCGGCCCUCGGAAGCGAGGCCGGUCGGCGGCCGCGCCGGAGUCUGUGCGGAGCCGGCGGGAGGCGGAUGCGGGGCCGCGCGGACGCCGAGUCCUCCGCUCCAGCCAAGUCGCAUCCGGAGCUCCUGCAGCUCGGAUCCGGGGAGGAAGAUGCUCCGGGCGCCGGCCGUGCUGUGCGUGUGCGCGGCCGCCUGGUGCGCGCAGGCUCUGGCGGUGGCCACGGGCCGGCCGGCCGGCGGCAGUUUUCUGGACGACAAACAAUGGCUCAGCACGGUGUCCCAGUACGACCGGGAGGCCGGGCAGUGGAACCGAUUCCGAGACGAUGAUUAUUUCCGCACUUGGAGUCCAGGAAGAGCCUUCGAUCAGGCUUUAGAUCCAGCUAACGACCCAUGCUUGAAUAUGAAAUGUGGCCGCCACGAAGUGUGCAUUGUGCAAGGUUCUGGGACCGCGGUCUGCAUUGGCCAGCGGAGACUUGCCCACAGUGUGAAAGAUGCAGGAGCCGGGCAUAAGCAGAGGAGGGGUCCCCCGCCAUCCACCUGCAGGCAGUGCUUGGGGGUCUCCAUGAGCCCUGUCUGUGGCUCAGAUGGACAUGCCUACUCUUCCCAGUGCAAACUAGAAUACCAGGCGUGUGUCUUAGGAAAGCAGAUCUCAGUGAGAUGUGAAGGGCAUUGCCCAUGUCCUUCAGAUACGACCAGGAGCUCAAGCGGAAAUGUGAAAAGAGUGUGCACCAGCCUGGAGUUCAGGGAGGUGUCGACCAGGCUUCGGGACUGGUUCAAGGCCCUUCACGAGAGCGGGAGCCAGAACAAGAAGGCCAAAGGCUCCCUGCGGCCGGAGAGAAGCAGAUUUGAUACCAGUAUUUUGCCAAUCUGCAAGGAUUCACUUGGCUGGAUGUUUAACAGACUGGACACAAACUACGACCUGCUCCUGGACCAGUCGGAGCUGGGGAGCAUUUACCUGGACAAGAACGAACAGUGCACGGAGGCCUUCUUCAACUCCUGUGACACAUACAGGGACCGCUCCAUCUCCAACAACGAGUGGUGCUACUGCUUCCAGAGGCAGCAAGAUCCGCCUUGCCAGACAGAGCUCAGCAGUAUUCAGAAGCGGCUUGGGGUCAAGAAGCUCCUAGGGCAGUACAUCCCCCAGUGUGACGAAGACGGCUACUACAAGCCAAUGCAGUGCCACGGCAGCGCUGGGCAGUGCUGGUGUGUGGACAGAUACGGAAAUGAAGUCGUGGGAUCCAGGACAGACGGUGUUGCGGACUGUGCCGUUGAUUUCGAGAUCUCCGGAGAUUUUGCGAGUGGAGAUUUCCGAGAGUGGGAUGAUGAGGAGGAUGAAGGGGAUGCUGUUCAGGAUGAAGACGAGAUGGAGGAUGAUGAGGAGGACGAAGGGGAUGACGAUGGCGGCGACCAGGAUGGCUACAUCUGAGGGCAGAGAUGCGCUCAUUCCACGUUCCUACUAUUUACACAGUGACCGCCUAUGGAGGAUUACCUUUUUGCCCCCAAACAAAAUGAUUCUAAGACUCACUUAUAUUUUGUAUGAUUAUUUCAGAUAUUGCACCUAAUGUCGUAGAGCUUUAUGUUUAAAUAAGGAUCAUUUGCUUUGAGUUUUUAUAUGCCUUAGAGAAGAGAACAUAUACGGAGACUAGCCAGACAAAAGAAAUCUAGGAAGCGCUGCUGAGAUGAAGAGCAAAGUUCGCGAGAACAAACCAUGUACAUCUGCCACAAACAAAGCAACAACCAGGGUUUGAGGUUGCAUGGGGGAUGUUUCUGAGAGAAAUUCUAAGUUGACUCUCCCGAAACGUGUUAGUGACCUGGGUCCCAAGGAUGCUAAAAAAAAAUACACAUGACCUUAAUUGAAAUUCCCAAGUAACCUCUCCCCAAAGCUGGAGUGACUUAGGGGUGCGUGAGGUUACACCACGGGGUGAGAAAAACAGAGUGACCGCCCUGCAGUCCACCAUGUUUGUAUUCCUGGGGAUGUCUUUAAUUAUGAACUGAUUCUGAAUAUGGCAAGAUAUCUUACAAUAUGGCAAGUACAGAAAACCAUGGAUUCUGAAAGUUAAAAACUUAGUUGUCCUUGCAGACUUUAUUUUAACUUGGACAGCAGUCUCAUGUAGAUUUUUUAAUAUUCUUAGCCAGCAUGAUUUCUUCACCUUUCUAGGUUUCUUUUUAUUUCUGACCAGCAACUUAGGGUGCAGAAUUUAAAGUAGAAAGACAAAGGGGAAGAGUCUUUUAAACUGUAUUUUCACACACACAAAAAACUUUUUUCACAAGAAGUUUGUCAUUUGCCCCAAUAUCAAACUUAAAAAUAUUCAUUCUUAUUUUGUUUUCUGUUUUAGAUGAAAAUUGCAUUUUUGUUACUAGUGUCAAAACUUAGAGAACAUACUGUAUGGUGCCUUGCAAGAUAGAAAGGUUUUAGCAUGCACACCAAUAUAGGAUAUUAGGCCAUAGAUAAGCACACCUAAAUAACAAAUUAAUACCAGUCAUGGUACUGCUGCUGGAAUGAAGAAAAUGGAAUAUGUUUCUUUUCUUUUUUUCUAUUGUUACAUAAUUGCCAUGUGGACUUGUUUAUGAUUAUUGUGUGGAGUAGCAUUCAAGAUCUAACUGCGACAAAAAUGACUUUAACUAUUGUAUUUAAGUUGCAUGUUAAUUAAUUGUACACCGUCACUUUAAGUACAUCAGAUCUAUGGUUUUGUGCCCAUAAUAAAAGUGGAAAAGCCUGUUGGAUGUCACACAUUGGUAUCACAGUUUAAACAGUGGUCAGCUGGUUUCCCAGUACAGUCUACUGAGGUAAAGAUGGUGGCCUCUUUCCAUUUGAUUUAUGUACACUGGAAAAAGAAAAAACUUUAGUGUUAACUUUAUGUAAUAUUUAAGGUAUAAUGCAUUUUCUUUUUUUACUGUUUAUGUAUAGUUUCCAAAAUAAAGAAUCUUGUAACCAAA